AAGUGACCCACAUAAAGUGUACAUAAAAUUCUGAUAUGCAACAAACAAUUGUCUACCAUAGAAAAUAGCUAUUUUUCCAACUUUCUUAUCCACGAAAUCUCUUCAGCAUCGGUUACUCUAUCUAUUGUUCUUUUGUCUUUCAUUUCUUUUCCAAAGGAACAGCUGAAUCGGAGAAAUUGCAGCAGACACUAACAUAAUCCAAUUCCUAAGCACUGUCAAUAGAAACAGAGAAAUGCUGCAAAGCUCAAGAGUACUGCACACUUCCUCUCAACCAUUCAACCCUCCAACUCAUACAUCAGCACCAUCAGCUUCAUCAUUCCAACUAUUACCUACUACUACACAUUUUCCAAUUCUCAAACAGCAAUGCAGAUUAUCUCGUCGAGAGCUCACAAUCAAUAACUCUUGCUUGCUGCUUCUUUUGGGUGCUCAGGCUUUAGAUGGAUCCAGAGCAAGAGCAGAAGAUGUUGCCAACAUUGACCAAAUGGAAGAGAAUUCCACUAACACCCCCAGCUGCAAUGAAAGAAAACCUACAAAACAAGUGUUCUUCGACGUAUCCAUUGAUGGAGAACCAGUUGGUCGCGUUACUAUAGAGCUAUAUGGAGAUGAUGUCCCUGCAGGAGUUGAGAGGUUUAGCAAGAUUGUCAGUGGAGCUGCUGGUGUAAGCUACAGAAGGAAAGAGUUUGUCAAAAUCCUGCCCAAUUAUGUUCAACAUGGCGGUCUUCGAUCCUAUGGGGUCGAUGCAGAACUUGCUAUGAAGACAGGGAGCAAUUUAGGGGCCGAAAAUCUAGUUGAGGAAUGGGAGAGAAUGUAUGCGAAAUGCCCCGGGACUAAGAAUGUGGCUGGGAGUGUAGGCAUUAUUGUGAGAGACCCGUCGAAACCACCUCCUAAGUUGAAACUGGUUGCAAGACUAGGGAAGCUUGAGAUUGAUCAAGAAGAAGUUGGAAGAGAGCCUAAUGGGACAGAAUUUGUCAUUGCUACAAAGGAUUCGCCUGAAUUAGAUGCUUCGUCUCUAGUAAUUGGAAGGAUGGUAGGAGGGAUGGAGGUUGUGCAGAGAAUUAGUCAGGUUAAAACUGUACAAGAGAAUACUAGCUCUCCAUAUUUUAAGGUGGCAAAGCUUAUAGGAGACAAGAGGGCUGUUGUAGCAGAAAGGGGUUUCAACCGCCCUUAUUCCAAAGUUGUCGUUACAAACUGUGGUGUAAUACAGUAGCACAAAAUUGUAUCCACUUUCUACUCCCUUCUGUAGUUAAAUUCCAGUGACACAUCAAAAACACAUUCAUUCAAUGACAAUCUCAAUCGUUAUCCAACUCUA